AUGACGGAAGCCGACGUGGACAGUCCUGGAGAGAGCUGCUGUGAAGGACUCACCCCGUCCUUUUCUGUGGUUUCUCCAGUUCUGGACUUCAGUGACCCCUUCAGCACUGAGGUGAAGCCCAGAAUCCUGCUCAUGGGUCUCAGAAGGAGCGGCAAGUCGUCCAUACAGAAAGUUGUCUUUCACAAGAUGUCCCCGAGCGAGACCCUGUUCCUGGAGAGCACCAACAAGAUCUGCAGGGAAGACGUGUCCAACAGUUCCUUUGUCAACUUCCAGAUCUGGGACUUCCCAGGGCAGAUUGACUUUUUUGACCCUACCUUCGACUAUGAGAUGAUCUUCCGGGGAACAGGAGCACUGAUCUUCGUCAUCGACUCCCAGGAUGACUAUAUGGAAGCGCUGGCCAGGCUCCACCUCACAGUGACCAGAGCCUACAAAGUGAAUACUGACAUCAACUUCGAGGUGUUUAUUCAUAAAGUAGACGGUCUGUCAGAUGAUCACAAAAUUGAAACCCAAAGAGACAUUCACCAGAGGGCAAACGAUGACCUUGCAGAUGCUGGAUUAGAAAAAAUUCACCUGAGCUUUUAUCUGACAAGCAUCUAUGACCACUCAAUAUUUGAAGCCUUCAGUAAAGUGGUCCAGAAACUGAUCCCCCAGCUCCCGACGCUGGAGAAUCUGCUGAAUAUCUUCAUCUCAAAUUCUGGAAUUGAAAAGGCAUUCCUGUUUGAUGUGGUCAGUAAGAUUUAUAUCGCAACUGACAGUGCUCCAGUGGACAUGCAGACUUACGAGCUCUGCUGCGAUAUGAUAGACGUGGUGAUCGACAUCUCUUGUAUUUAUGGUCUCAAAGAAGAUGGAGCAGGAGCCCCGUAUGACAAGGAGUCCACAGCCAUUAUAAAGCUGAAUAACACAACAGUCCUUUAUCUAAAAGAGGUGACAAAGUUCUUGGCGCUCGUUUGCUUUGUCAGAGAGGAGAGCUUUGAGAGAAAAGGCCUCAUUGACUAUAAUUUUCACUGCUUCCGGAAGGCCAUCCAUGAAGUUUUUGAGGUGAGGAUGAAAAUGGUGAAAUCCCGGAAAGCCCAGAGCCGGUUGCAGAAGAAGAAAGGGACUACUCCCAACGGGACCCCUAGAGGACUGCUGUAGGGGAGCCGAACCCACGCAUGCAUGUGCAACGAGGGUGCCGAGCCACACGGCGCUACAGGAAGGAAGGGGGAGCCUGGGACACUGACAGAUUUGUUAAGGAAAAAAAUACCGUCUUUUUAAAACAAAAUAAGCACCUCGGAGCAGAAACCUGUACAAUAACAAUAAAGUGAACCCCACUGUACUUUCAUUAUGUAAAUGUAAACGUUUAUGUCGAUAGAAAAAUCCCGUGUGAGAACUGCCAGGAACUGUACAUAUUUUGCACCUUUUUCAUGUUUUUUUCUCGUUGAGGUUAACUUUGAUAAGAUGACUUUUCUAAACUCUUUUCUGUACAUGGUGUCGAGGACGUGCAUACUGUAGUCCAUGUGGCAGUCGGAAAUUAAUCCAAAGUAACACACUGUUAAUGACUUUUUGUAAACUGGGGAAUCUUUGCUACCAAUUAUCGAGGGGGGGAAUCAUUUCUCAGUACAGCAGGAGUGGGUCAGGGCUGGGAGCAGGAAGAACUCCUCCUGUUGGUAAUGAGUUUUGUAGGAAAUGUUAGUGCCAGGCUUACAUCUAAGUUUGUGCCCGCGUGGCCAUGCCUCCCUACUUACGCGUCUUUAGGAAGCUCUUUACCUCAACACAUCUUUGAAGUCACUUUAUUUAGAUAGGUGAUUUCUUUUUGCUGUAUUAUUCUAAUGAACCUUUGGGACCAGAUUUCUAAAAUGAUGCCAAUCAGUAUAAAGAACUAUGAAUGUUGUUAGAGGAGACAGGGAAAAACAGCAUGGAAAUUCUGGAGGUCCUUCUGUACCUGCCCAGGAUGUAGGCCGCUGGCCACUCAGACUAAAUGCACUUGGUGCUUGUGUUUUAUUUGGCUCCUGUGAAUGGCCUGGUGUUGUGCUGUGUUUAAAGUCUUCAUUCAGGACCAGUUGUUGAUGCACCGUGGCCACCGGCGUAGAGCAGAUCUUUGGUCUCCACUAUCGAGUUUAGUCCUUGGUGGCUCCGUUGGUUACCUGAAUCCCGCUUCCAUCUGUGACACUAUGCCUCAUGUCCUCCACCUGCUCCUGCCAAGUUCAGCUUACUACCAACUUGCUCUGCAGGAUGGAAGGCACAGGAAAGCUUGUGGCCAGGGGGAAAGGACAGCCUAAGGUAGAAGUUAGCCGUUGUUUUGUUUGUUUGUUUUUUACAUGAACAGGGAAUUGAGAGUCCUUAAUCUAGCCCUGCACCCAGCCAUUCCAAAGGUUAGCACUGUCGGGUGUGCAUGGCACUAGAAAAGGUCUUUUUAAAGCAGAGUCUCCUGGGGACAUCAGAGCUGCUCUUGCAACUUGUCCCUAAAGCUCAUCUCCUCCCCCCCCACCAAGACAGGGUUUCUCUAUGUGACUGUCUUGGCUAUCCUGGAACUCACUGCGUAGACCAGGCUGGCCUUGAACUCAGAGAGAUCCGCCUGCCUCUGCCUCCCGAGUGCUGGGAUUAAAGGUGUGCGCCACUGCCGCCCCACCAAUCCCACUUUUAAGUGUCAUCUUCCAUCUUCAUGCUUCCCCUUCCCCAAGUCUGUCUGUGUUUGUUUUUAGGGUGUAUGUGUUUUGUUUGAGACAGGGUCUCUAUAGCCCUGGCUGUCCUGGAACUCACUAUGUAGACCAGGCUGUCCUUGAACUCAGAAAUCCACGUCUCAAGUCUCUGUUUCCUCCAAGUGCUGGGAUCAAAGGUGUGCGCCAUCUUGCUAUGGCAGGUCUUCUGAAGCUGGUAACUGAAUGAAAUGGAUGACUGAAGCUGUGAUCUGAGCCCUCCAGUAGUCUGUGCCGUCUUAAGGGGGUUUCUAGUAAUCAUUAAGGCAUCAUGGCUCCUUCCUUACAAUCCCUGUGCAGAGACCCGAAUGAGUUGUUAGGAGCCUGGAGUCCCAGAGAAGUUUCUGUUCUCCUUAAUUUUCAGAGCUAUUCCCUCACAGGUCUCUGCCAACAGGCUGGAUGGAGGUGGGCUGCUCUUAAGAGUAAUCCCACACACACCAGAGAGAAGGAGAGAGAGGAGAGCACACAGUUUGUUUGCUUUUUGGAGACAAGGUCUGAGGUAACCCAGGCUGGCCAAGAACGAUCUCCAACUUCUGAUCCUCCUGCCUCCACUUUCCUGAAGUACUGGGAUUAUGGGGAUACACCAGCACGCUUGGUUUGUACAGUGCUGAGGAUUGAAUCCAGGGCUUCAUGCAUGUUGGGCAGCUCUCUACUAAGCUAGUAUCCUGGCUCCUUUUCUUAGUAGUUUUUACAAAGUAUUUCUCUUUGAACAGACAGAGAAUCGAGUUUUUAAUAAGACUUUAUUUUCAAGAUAAGACACUUGCCUAUCUGGUAAACCACAUAAAACUACCAGGUAGACGUGGAGCUUCCAUCUUUAAGCUGGUUAUAUAAUGGCUUUUUGUUGAAAUGUGCCUUAAAAGCCUAUCACUUCAAGAGCAUGCGAUUCUUUGGGGGAUAGGCAGAAACAAUCCUAUGACCUAGGGCCCACGUUCCUGAUCAUAAAUGCACUCUGUAGUUACUCAUAUGCUAAUACUGACUACUCCCUCAAGCCUUGUGUGACAAUGACCUCCAAAGAUGCAGGAGUUACAUCUGCAUGGUGAGGUUUUUGAGUCUGUGACUAGAAUUGCAACAUAUCUUCACAUUCGUUUUGUGUUUUGUCUUAGGUCCGGGAGUUAGCGUAAUGCAUUGUGCAGAUGUGUGUUUAUGCUCAAGUGUGACAAUAAACAGAAAGGUCAAACUCCUGGCUACAGUGGCUGCACUAGAACAUUUUUGUUUGUUUUAGGAGUUGAGAACGUGAAGAUUUGUAGAGCAGGGCUGCCUGUUUUGCUUUUGGAGUCAAGUGCUUCUGUGUAGUGGCCAGACUGACUCCCCAUCUUCGCUAACUGUGGUCAUGGAGAUUAGUGUGAGUGACCAGGAUGGAGUGCUUUCAAAGGAGCAUAAAUCAAAGCCGAUGAAUAUUUACCAAGUGUUAUUUUGUGAACAUAAUGUAUUUUGGAUCCUUAAAUACGAAAUGACUAGAAGCCACAGCAAUACUGUUAUGUAUGGGCUGUAUGCCAACUCGGUUUACACAGAGUUCAUGAAAACGGGGCUGUUGUGACGAUUAAAAUACAGUGUGCACUCACCAA